AUGACCUCUUCUUCCCCUCCUCUCCCUCCCCUUCUUUGUCCUUCACUUCCUCCUUCUCCCCUCCUCAAGCCUGCUUCUGCUUCUGCCUCUGAAGCUCCAUUUGCCUUCUCUCCACCCUCCUCCAUUAUUAUCAUCGGUUCGGGGGUCUUUGGCCUUGGAACUGCCUGGGCUCUUGCCCGGCGUCCUGCUUUCUCGCAAUGCUCCAUCACCGUCGUUGACCGAUCCGACCCCUCCCAAUCUCGGCCGGACGUUUUCCCUGCCCCCGACGCCGCCAGCGUUGACACCAGCCGGAUCAUCCGGGCUGACUACUACGAUGCUGCCUAUGCUGCUCUAGCCGCCGAGGCCCAGGUGCAUUGGCGGGAGCAAGCCAAACCCACCGACCUCGGUGCCCAGGGGCGGUACAAUGAGAGCGGUCUCGUCUUGGUCGCUGACUUGCCACAUGGAACAGCUGUGCCGCCGUCGCCUCCCGGAGCUGAAACAGCCGUCGCGCAGCACGCCGCCCCCGCCAAGAAAAAGACGGGCAUGGACUAUGCUCGCGGUAGCUGGGCAAACGUGCUCUCACUAGCAUCCAACGAUCCCUCAUUGACUAGUCGCAUCCACGAACUUCCUAAUGCCGCCGCCAUUCGUGACGCGGUCGGCACCGGCGGCGGCUCUGGAUCGUGGGGAUACAUCAAUGAAGCCAGCGGCUGGGCAGAUGCCGGGGCCUCGAUGGCCUGGCUCGUAGACCGAGUCCAAGACACUGGGCGUGUCAAAUUCGUGGCUGCCACCGCCCUGGCUCUUGAGCACCAGGGCACUACCGUCACCGGCGCCAAGCUCUCUGAUGGCUGUGUUCUCUCGGCGGAGCUCGUCGUCGUCGCCGCAGGCGCGUGGACUGGAGGCUUGAUAGACCUGGCAGGCCAGGCGACUGCCACGGGUCAAGUACUGGGGUACCUGGACAUCACGGAAGCGGAGCAGGAACAACUUGGCCGCAUGCCGGCACUGCUGAACCUGACGACGGGGCUGUUCGUCAUUCCUCCUGCGAAGCGAGUGCUCAAAGUCGCGCGGCACGCCUACGGUUACCUCAACCCAACCAAGUUGGCGACGGCGCCACUUCCUUCGUCAUCUGCAGGAUCCGCGUCCGCUCUAGCCUUUUCUCACCCCUUGACUCAUUUAUCGGACCUAUCCCUUGCCAUCCCCAAAGAGGGAGCCGACGACCUCCGCCGCGCUUUGGGCGAGAUGGUGCCGCUGCCUGGCCUCCGGGACCGGCCCUUCUCCAAGACACGGCUGUGCUGGUACAUGGACACCCCCACGGCCGACUUCCUCAUCGACUACCACCCCAACUUCCAAGGCCUGUUCGUGGCGACGGGUGGCAGUGGUCACGCCUUCAAGUUCAUGCCCGUGAUUGGUGACAAGAUCGUCGAUUGCAUGAUGCACAACUGCCCACGACAGUUCGAGGGCAAGUGGGCUUGGAAACCGGUUACGACUACUGGUGGCACAGUUUGGUCAUCGGUAGUAACAGAAGAUGGUACACGGGGCGGGACGCCUGGGCUUGUCUUGGCAGAUGAGCUUGUCAAGGGUGUUACGAGGCACUAUCCCUCUCGUUGA